AUGGGAACAGACUUAAGGGUCGACCCAGGUAUUGAAAAAUGGGCGACCAUGCGAGGACGCACUAUAGAAUACUUUCGCAUGACGCCCAAGAAUUUCGCAUUGGGUAUCUUCACUUUAGGAAUAAUUCCAGCUGGGUUGUAUUAUUGCGGCGUAAAAUACCAGGGAAUGUGGGAUAUACAAGGACUUCGGGACGGUGAAUCGCCACGAGUUAAAAAAGACGACAUUAGCUAG